AUUGAAAGUGAGCAAUCAUGAAUCAUCACAGACAGAAAGAAGCUCGCUUAAACGUUAGUCCUUAUUCAUUCGUCUAUUAGCUGACAACCGUUCAUGAAAAAGUUCUACACGAUUCAGAUAUAUCCAUCAUCAUAACUCCUCUCUCAGCUGAAUUAAUCGAUAAGCCAGCAAGAUAACAAUCAAUAAUUAUAACGUUAGAUACAUUUCACUUUUGUUGAAAGAUGGCUGAUGCAGAUUUCGGGUUUGCAUCUGACAACGGAGUGCUGCCUGUCGAGGUGGACCCAGCUGCAGCUUUCUUAGCUCAGCAAGAAAGCGAAAUAGCGGUGAUAGAGAAUAACGAGGCCGGAGUUGGGGCUUUGCAGGGAUCCGCUGAGCAGCAGCCGGCGGCCGAUUCACCUGUACAAUAUGAUGCAGGGUUUGCAGAGGCAUCAACAGCCACGGUAAACGGAGACAUGUUUGAGCUGGAGUCCAACGGUCCAUCGGACAGCUAUGCGGCCAUCGCCCAGGUGGACUCUCUGAGAGCAGAGCCUGAGAGCCUGCGUAAGUGGAGGGAGGAGCAGAAGGCACGGCUGGAGCAACUAGACUCUGCGUCCAAGGCAACGGAGGCUGAGUGGAAAGAGAAGGCCAAGAAAGAGCUGGAGGACUGGCACGUGCACCAGAUUGAACAGAUGGAGAAGAAAAAGUCCAACAACAGGGCGUCUGAAGAGGCCUUCCUGUCUGAGGCUGACGGCGACAGCCCAGGGACGGAGUGGGAGAGAGUGGCCCGUCUCUGUGACUUCAACCCCAAGACCAACAGGACGGCCAAGGACGUGUCCCGGAUGCGCUCGGUCCUCAUAGCCCUCAAACAGACACCUCUGGUGCGCUAGUUCGGCCAAUAGAACAGAAGGGUGGUGAUAUUUCCCUCUUUUUUUUUUUCUUUUUUUAAACGCCUACUCUUGAGUUAUGAACCUUGGUUUGCAUUAAGGCAGAAUGUUCUAGGCUCUUUUCAUAUCUACUCUUGGGUUCAGGGUUCUUUAUAUGUUCAGACCCUCCUGUUUUCUGUCAUGUCUGUAAUAUGUGGAGAGGAAAGGUAUUGUCUCUCCCGCCAUCUUUCCUUAUUCUGAUGUAUCCAGUGGUACCUCACUACCUUAACAUGGAUCGACUGACUGCUCGCUGUCUUUUUUAACUUCCCAUCAACAAUGCUUCUAUUUGACCUCUUAACUGACGUUAAGAAAAUAUGGUUACUGUAAAUUCUUUAUUAAACUUCUUCCCUCUCAUAAAAGCGAGGGGAAUUGGGUCAAA